ACCAGCCUUUAGGAAAGAGCUUCUGGUUUCAAGGGAGGGAGCCUCAGAGAGACUUGUCCAGAACGCUUCGGGUGGUCUUUAACAAGGAGAUGCAUCUGGAGGGGAGAGACGCUGUGGUGAAGCACCUUCGAGCAAAGUUCCAGCAGAACAGGAAAGAACCUCCCGAAGAGGGUGGCUGGCCAGAGAGUUGCCCUGCAGCCUCUCAUGGACCAGAACCAAGACAGACCCCUGCCAAGGGUGAUCCUCCUCAGGAGCCCCUGUGGAGCAGGAGGGUGGAGUUCUGCAAGGCCUCUCCACCUCACAGUAUGGGUCAGAGUUUGGGACAGCAUUCAUCUCAUUCUGCCUGUGAGGCCCUGGCACAAACGGUGUGUCGGAAGCAGGGAACGGCUCAAGAUGCCAACUUCCAGCCAGUGCCUGCAAAGCCAGGAGGAGAUGUGUUGAACAAGAAGGUGGAAGCCAGCUCUGAUCCUCCCCGCAGGAAGCCAGCCCAGCAGACACGGCCACCUGACAAAGACAAGGGGGCUCCAGCAGUUGUUGCCAAAGGCACAGCUGUUGCAGCCCCUCUGCUCACUGUGGGAAGCCCCCAAAGGACAGAGUGGGUGCCUCAGAGGAAGCCUUUGCCACAUGUCAGGGAACUGGGAGUGAAGCCAGGCAAGCCCCGACGCCCUCCUGAUGUGGAUUUGGCAAAGUUCAGAGCAGCUGCACAUCCUGGGACAUCCAUCCAUCCUGCCACAGAACCACCAAGGAGUGCUCAGCUGGGUCAUCUGCAAUCAGUGCCCACAAGGUUCCCACUGCAGGAUGCUCCGAGUGGCAUAGGGGAUGAAGAUGAGAUAUACGAUGAUGUUGAACCUGUUGGGCUUGCCAGGAGAAGCCCAGGCCUCCUUCUGCCUUCUGUGUCCCCACUGCCAGUAUAUCCUUGCCCCAGAGGAGGUGGAAAUGCUGGCCAAGCCUCUAACUGGGUUACCUUGCUGGCAGCUACACAGAGAGAAUCCCAGGUCUCCCAGAAGAUGAAGACCAUGACACUCAAGACAUGCAAGAAGGAAGAGAAGAUGGACAGGGAGUUUCAGAAGAAAUUUAAGUUCGAAGGCACCAUCAAUGUCCUGACCCAGAUGAUGGUUGACCCUGCAGCAACAGAGAAGAGGGGUGGUCCAAAGAACCUGCCACUGAGACGGGGAGAAAUCCUUGAUGUCAUUCAGUUUACAAAUCAGAAGCAAAUCCUCUGCCGGAACAGCCAGAGGAGGUAUGGCUACGUGCCCCGGGCUGUGAUGCUGCCUCUGGACACUGACAUCUAUGAUGACGUUGAGAUUUAUGGCUGAGCCAACCAUGCUAAGGCCAAAGGCACAAGACAGCACCAGAGAGCCCUAAGGGCUGAAACAUGAACAGCACCAGACACCAGGCUCCUUUUGUGAAGGAGCUCUGCCUCCUCUGAGACAGACUGCAAAGCCACCAUGUCCCUGCCAGAGCAGUGCUAUGGCUGCUCAGCACAUGGAGCUGCACAGAUCCUGUCCCACGGGGCAGACGG